GGCUAGCAAACAUUCGAGAGGGAAACAAAGAGGGGAGAACAUCCUGCAACUGCUGGACGUAAAAACAACUGGAAUAAUUAGCUUUUUCUAAUCAGGAUACUUUGACAAUCAAAUAAGGCCUCCGUCAUGUCUCACAAACAGAUCUACUACUCUGAUAAAUAUGACGAUGAAAAAUACGAGUACAGACAUGUAAUGCUACCCAAAGACAUUGCAAAGCGUGUACCCAAGACCCAUUUGAUGUCGGAGACCGAGUGGAGGAACCUGGGGGUCCAGCAGAGCCAAGGAUGGGUGCAUUACAUGAUCCACCAGCCAGAGCUACACAUUUUGCUGUUCCGGCGCCCUCUUCCCUGCCAAAAGGCAUAAAGGGAGAGAACCUCGAAGUCCUGUGAAGAUCAGUCCUACUUGCCACAGAUCAACUCAUCAAAACGAGGAUCAUGCUGUCAGAUUACCAAACUCUUGUGUGGUAGGUGAAUUGUGAUUUGGGCUGAUCAUGUUGAACUUGGGAAAGGACUGACAUUUAUGAACAGUGGUUGUGGAAUGGUGUAUGCGUUGAAGGAAGAAAAAAACCAUAACCCACCUCUCCAGGAAAAGACCUUCAUGUGAUAACAGUGACGCGUUGUCUGCCAGAAAACCUUCAAAUCGGCUCGCACGGUCUUUUUGACUCAAGCCUAUCUGUCAAACUUGCUGAACCUGCUUGGAUAUUCCAGCUUUUUAGAACAAUUGUUAAAAGAUGUGGGGAGUGAAACUUGUUCAAACAUUCGAGUGACUCUUAACAGAGUGUUUUCUGGGUCAUGCUCGGGUCACAAGACAGACUGACUAGCUGGAUCCUAAUUUGAAGUUUGACUCUGAAACAUCAAAGUGUGGCUUUAAGUGACAUGUUGCUGCUUGGUUUAAAUGAUACUGUAAAUUGGCAUUUAACACUUUUUGUCAUGUGCAUGAAAAGCCGCAUAGAUGAGUCACCUAUUAACUAGUUUUAAUCCCCUCCCUCACCAUAAGAACGUAUAAUAGUUUUGCCCUACUUUAAAACAAAUCCUUUGGAUGUCAUUGUACCAGUGAGCUGCUCAGUAUUUAUAAACGAGUCUGAAAUAAAUGGAAACUUUUAAACAUUUGCUUUGGGGCCAAAAUACCAAGCCAAUUGAUGCAUCAUGGAACAAUAACUGGGGUGGGACAGGGGAGAAAAAAAGGCGGUUGAUGACACACUACCCGAAAUAGCUCUUAUAGAAGGAACAAAUAAAAUCUGGACCAUUGAAUGGGAGGCUGGAACUAAUUGCAUUUGUUUCAGUUUGGGCUGUUGAAUACUACUUGCUUCACGGCACUCGUUUUCACUGUCCUCGUGAAUAUGUGCACCCACUCUGACAUGUCCGUUUACCUUCUGUCUGUUUUUUAUUUUUUAUUUUGUUUACCCCAAACUGAGCUGCUCUGCUGUCACUGAGGCUAAAACUGCCUUGAAUAAUUGUUCUAUGAACUCGUGCCUUGUGUGUAAGGUUUGCUUUUGUUCACUAUCUGACAAUUUGUUUUUAUAAUGUGUAGGUAUGGUGUUCCACCCUCAUAAAUAUUAAAAGAAUCAAUGCAAUCAAA